AUGCAAAAUUUCCAUUACACCCUUCAAUCCUCAAGUGAUGUCUUAGAGAUUAAAAACGACUCUAGCCGCUACACUCUGGCCAACCCAAGGGUGUUCAUUGUGAGAGGCUGCUGUGAGAUCCCUCUGACCCCAUUGGUGGGUCCCUCCUCCAAUGGCAACGCAAUGUUCAACAAGACCACCGGCUGUGCAACUGGGGCCGUCGGCGUCUUCACCUACGACCUAUUCAAUGCCGAUCUGAAGGACUACAGCCACUUCAUGGCUGUCAUGUACUCUGUGCCCUAUGACCAGAACGUCUUCUCCUCCUGGUUUGCUGUGGGCAUCUUUGGAAGAGAAAUUCAUUACGACCACAAUCUGUUUGAAAUUAUGUAUUAUGGUUUUGAAAACAACUUUGUAAGAGCAGAAGCUGACGGCUCUGACAUUUUUUAAGAGCAUGAUAGGGCUAUUGUCAGUGCCUCCAUGUCUAACUCAGGUCAAGCAGUCCUGAGGGUGGUAAUCAGUGAUACUGGCAGAUACUGA